AUGGAAGCAGUGCCUUGUCGGGUGUCGGCAAGUGGUUUGCAAGCUUUCGUGCCACCUGAACCGUAUGAUUGCGUCGACCUCUUCAGUGGCAAGAGGGCAAUUAGCAAGGCUUACAUUGCCCAGGGCAAGCGUGCUUGCUCAUUGGAUUUCGCCCACGAUGAAAAGGAUGAGGUACAAGCCGAAGAUCAGAACAACGGCCGCUUGGACACCGGCUGCUUGGUUAAGAAAUUGGACAAAUCCAAAUUUGAGAAGAGUACCAGCACUCGCCAAUACCAGAAUGCAGACGGGGAGGUCAAGUUCCAAGGAACUCCCAACUUGGUGGAUACACAAGUGUAUCCUCCAAAGUUUGGAAGAAAGGUAUGCAAGGUGUUCACGAACUACGCAUCGUCUCCAUCCUGGCCCCAGCAUGUUGACCACACCCCCGACAGCUGGAAUGACGCAAAGAUUCUAGCUUGCAAGAGGUUUGUCCGGGUGGGGACACAAAUCUUUUGGAAAGGGUUGUCAACACACAGGGACUUAAAUGUAUAUGAUUGCCAUCAUAUGAAACACCCACGAUCAUACCAUUUUUGA